AUGGAGGAGCAGAUGGAUGUGGAGCAAGAUGCUGAUCCACCAGAUCAUCCUUCCUCAAUGUCAAGACCCGACGGGGGGCCAGGAUGGUUAAUAGGAGGAGACUUCAAUGUGGUUUUGAAUUAUGAAGAAAAGAUAGAGGGUAAUCCUAUUCAACCUCAGGAUAUAGAAGAGUUUGCUUUUUGCAUAAAUUCCUGUGAACUUGAAGAGGUAAAGUUUAAGGGAAGUCCUUUCACUUGGUGGAAUGGAAGAGCAGAUGAAGCAUGUCUUUUUGAGAGACUGGAUAGGAUGUUGGUGAAUUCUCGUCUUCUUGGAAAUUUUGGAAAUAUUGAAGUGGAACAUCUUGCAAGAACUGGAUCAGAUCAUGCUCCACUUUUGUUUAGGCUGAAUUGGUCCACUUGGGAGCAUGAGGACCCGUUUAUAAACUUCAAAUGCAAGAUCAAAAAGUUGAAAGUGGUGUUAUCCAAAUGGAGCAGGAAAAUGUUUGGUGAUAUCUUCAAGCAGCUGAUAAUAAGGGAGAAAAUAGUGGGAUUAAAGGAAGAGUUGUUUGAACAAAAUCCAAGCCAAGUAAAUAGAAUGGUUCUGCAGAAAGCUCAGGCUGAGACUAAAAGAUACUUGAAUUAUGAAGAAGAGUACUGGAGACAAAAAUCAGGCUUGGAUUGGUUUGUAGAUGGAGACAAAAAUACUAGAUUCUUCCAUAAUCUAGUGAAGGGAAGAAGGAAGAAACUGCAGAUCAAAAGAAUUCAAAAUUCAGAUGGUUCAUGGAUUGAGGAUGAUGACCAAAUGGCAGAUGAGGCUGUGCACUUUUAUACACAACAAUCUUCACAAGAAGAUUUAAUUGGAGAAGAGAAUUGA